AAUAAAUAAAUGUUCUACCGACCUUUGAUUUAUAAAUGGGACCAAAAGACACAUUUUAUGAAUAGACUCGAGAAGUGUCCGUGUGUUUUCGUUACUGGUAGAUAUUAAAGAUGACGUUAAGAUCAAUAGUUUAUGAAAAUGGUAAAUUAGAAAUAUUGGAUCAGUUGUUGUUGCCAAAUGUGACUAAAUAUGUUCGUAUCGGCGGCGUAGAAGAAGGGUGGCGAGCCAUAAACAGUAUGCAGGUGCGAGGCGCGCCUGCGAUCGCUAUAGUCGGCUGCCUCAGCCUUGCGGUGGAGCUGCAGAAAGAAGUGUUCAACGACAAGAAGAUCAUCCGCCAGGAAGUGGAGGGGAAGCUGAACUACCUGGUGUCAGCUCGACCGACAGCUGUCAACAUGAAGUUAGCGGCCCAGGUCUUGAUCAACUUCAUCAACGAGCUCGAUGAGAACGACACGGUGGGGGCGGAGGAAAUGAAAAGGGGGUUCAUCUCGGCGAUCGAGGCCAUGCUGGAGAAGGACAUCGUGGACAACCGCGCCAUCGGGGAGGCCGGGGCGCAGGCGAUACUGGCCGGCACGCCGGAGGACAACGCGGUGCGCAUCCUCACGCACUGCAACACGGGCUCGCUGGCCACGGCAGGUUACGGCACGGCGCUGGGCAUCGUCCGGACCCUCCACGCCCACAAGAGACUCGAGCACGUCUACUGCACGGAGACGCGGCCGUACAACCAAGGGGCACGCCUGACGGCAUACGAGCUGGUCCACGAGCGCAUCCCGUCGACGCUGGUGUGCGACAGCAUGGUUGCUGCGCUCAUGAGGUCGCGCAGUGUCUCGGCGGUCGUCGUCGGGGCUGACCGCGUCGCUGCGAACGGUGACACCGCCAACAAGAUCGGGACGUACCAGAUCGCGGUGGUCGCCCGUCACCACAACGUGCCGUUCUACGUGGCAGCGCCGUUCACGUCCAUCGACACGAGCAUCCCAAGCGGGGAGUACAUCGUGAUCGAAGAGCGGCCAGACCACGAGAUGACGCACAUAGGGGAGCACAGGAUCGCAGCACCAGGGAUUGGCUGUUGGAAUCCAGCCUUUGAUGUAACGCCCGCACCUCUCAUAACCGCCAUCAUCACGGAGAGAGGGGUAUACAAGCCUAACGAGUUACAGAAAUACGUCUAGCGGUCAAAAAUGGACAACAGUUCCUGCCGAGUGUACAUAUACAACUGAAGAAGCACGUGCCUAAACCAUGGAUUUGUGUGCAGGUUUUUUAUUUUAUUUCCAUCGUAACGCAACUCUGAACAUUUUAUGAACUACUUGACUGCCAGGCCAUAAACAUUUUUAAGGUUUUACAUGAGGGCAUUGUUUCCGUAUUGCAGCACACUUUGAACAGAUUGUUUCGUAUUCUAGUCAUGAGGAUCCAGGAGUGAUAAAACCCUUUUCAAAAUCUCUGGUCAUGAAAACAGUUUUUAUGUGGAGACUAAUUUCCCUCCUCCCUACACAGUGUCUAAGGGUACCAAAAAACUCGAAAAGCAAUGAAACUAAAGGACUGGUCAUGAGAGUUACUGGAUAAACUGUAGUAAUGCUGGAUGUCUUGAAACUUAUAGCUUGGGACAAGAUUUUAUGGUUCAAUUUUUAGGCUUAUUUCAUUUUUAAAACGGGAUAUUUAGGUGUUAUUGUUUUUUAUUUUUUAUUAAUUCUAUUGAUUGCAUAUUAAACAAAUAUGAAACUUAAUGUUCCAUAAAACUUAAUUCACCAAAACAGUUUAUUGUAACUGAUAACAUGAUGCUCUUUUACAAUGUAAUAAUUUGUAAUAAAUAUUUCUAACUACUUGCAACAAUGAAAAUUAGUCUGCUAUUAAUUGUGUGUUUGAAAAAUGUACCAAUCCUGUACUGUAAAAAUGAGUUACAAAUAAUAGAUAAACAGAUAAAAAAAAAAUUCUAUCUGUUUUCUACGUUAAUUUGGUACAACUUUCAUGCUAAAUAUGUUACAUUUCUCGAGUUUAAUGCACUGAAAGAAAUCAGUUUUUUUUAUGUCUUGAGUUAGAUUUUUUACUAAAAAUUCUGAUUAUUUUGUACUUUCGAUUGCAUUUUGGUGCAUUAUGGUGUAUUAAUGUGCAUUUCGGUGUUAUAUUAUGUAUAGAUAUGCUUUUCCGAAUUAUUCUGUUUUAUCGUAAUCCACCAUAUAAUCUUGUCCCUACUGAUAGCAUUUUGCUAGCUUGCUUUUUGUUUAUCGACAUUUCACUUCAGUUUAUAUUCGCACAUUUACUAAAAUAUAUAGUUAAAGACUGUCCACUUAAAUUGUUUAGAAAUAUCUCCAAAGGGGUUUUUAGCUUUUGAACGUAAAAAUUGGCACAAAAAAUAGCUGUAUUUUUUUGGUGGGGAGGGGGGGGGGCUAGGGGCUGUAAUAUAUGUAAACUGACCAUGUAUUAAAAAAAAAUUAGUGACGGUUUUUUAAAGUAUGAAAAUUGGUUCACUAGGUAUUCAUAGACAUCCUGCUCAUCCCCCACAAGGGAUCCAAAUGUAAGACUGAAUGUUCUAGAAUUUUUAUAUUAAAAAGUUUCCACUUAAUUUUGUCAGAAAUUUCCCUUGAGUUGUAUAAAGUACUUACUAAAGUUUGGAGGUGCCGAGCAUGUUUGGGCUUGCAGCAACGAACUUGGUUCAAUGAUGCAGGUGUGAUCAUGGCCACUGGUGAGGACAGGCUACCAGAUUUUAAAUAGUGUGUGGUCCAGUUGGCAAAAUACUUAAGGAUAUAGCUGGCCAAACUAUCUUUUGUUGUAUCUACAACAAAAACUUCUUGAUUUUAUGUUGUUUUAAGUUCGUGAUAGAUUUGUGAUUCUAGGAAAAGUAUUUUAAGAAAAAUAUUGGAGUUGGUCAGAUCUUGAUUUUUGUAAUCCAAAUCUUAAACUUGAAUCACCCACCAACAGUAUCUCGAAUGUACCCCUUGAAUUCAAAUCUAGGUCGAGUAGGUAUGUGCGAAGUUUUAUUAGUACAUUUUAAUUUUAAUUUUAUUUAUUAUUCAAUAAUACUUCGAAAUGAUAUGAACUACUAUAUUAAACAAAGCUUUGUACUAUAAUUUAAGUCUUCACAUCGCAUGUUCAAUUUAUUUUUGGUUAAGUUUGGAAGAUAAACCUCUUGCAUGAGCGUGACGCCAUAAUCGAUAAAUCUAAAGUGUUACAUAACUUAUUUACAGCAUUGUGUUGCUUGUCAUUGGUUUUAUUAAUUUUUUUAUAACAAAUUACAAAUUGAUAAAAUUGCAAAGGGAUCAUCAUAAACAAAAGUAGUACCUCCAGAUGUAAAAGAAGUAUGUACCCUCUUUUAUCGCAUAAUCGUCGCACUCGCAUAAUCGUCACACCCAUAUUUUAGGGUUUCAAAAUUUUGAUAAAAAAACUUCUCGCGUAAACGUCGCAUGAUGUUUUUGGUCCCGCUAUUAGAUUCUGAGCGCUUUGUGUAGGUAUCUUUUUCGUAUAAAACUGUGUAUUUUAAAGUAUAAGUCUGAUAUUUAUUCGGAAAUGAACUAUUUUACUUAUUUAAUUAACGGAAAUAGGAAGCUGUCUGAUGUGUUAAUUUUCUUUUAAAGGCGUUUUUAAACGUUAUAACUAGUGAUGGGUCGAUUCCGAUUCCGGAAUCGGUCGGUUCCACCAAUUCCAGUAUUAUCGUGGGAUUCAGAAUACAAUGGUUUUGGAAUCGACCAUGACCGAUUCCUGCAUUGUUUUUAAGUUUGCAAAAUACAUCUCCUGGGCAACGUAAGAAAAUAUUAAAAUGCAUGCAAAUAAAAUUUUUAAACUACAUAAUACAAUCUUUUUUUACGUUACUGAUUUACGAAUUACUGUGAUUAACGUAUUUAUUUACUUGCACCGCCAUUUUCCUUACAGUACAAAUGCGGUAUCUACUUUCCCGCUUUAAGCGAAAGCAUUUUACGGAAAUUACGUUGCAGCAGCACUGCAUUUAAUAGUAAACCUUCAAAAAUAAUUAGACAAAACUAUAAAUGUUAAAAGAAAAUUAUGUAAAUGUAAACAGCAAGUAAAAUAAUGUAAACGUUAACUAUUUGAUCAUGGCAGCUACAUUUGCCAUUGUAAACAACCUAAUUUUUUUUAUUGUUUGUGAUACCUGCCAUGGUAAACCAUACGGCCAUGAACCAAAUCUUUGGUGACGUGAACGUGAAAAUUAAGAUGUUUCACAUCUCUGCACUUUAAACUUUAAAGAAUUAAAAUAAGUUUAAAAGCAACAUAACCAAAUUGCUGUAAAUCGGCGUUCUUGUGCGUCUUCAGCGAUGCUCGUUUAACGUUAGAUAUAUUUUGGAAAGGCAGUUGGCUAAUCUGAAUUUCCAAACAUUGGUGCUGAAACGUUCGUAAAUUUUUAUUACCAAACAUAAACAAUCUUUUGAAAGUAGUAGUUGUGUUAGUUUAACAGAAUUGUUUCCGAUAAAUUUCUGAAAUGAAUUAAAUGUUAACACGCGAUUAUUUGAAGAGUUUAAAUCUCACCAUAAAAUGUGAAAAUUUUGAGAUGCUAAAUCAUGCACAGAACUUUCUUACUUAAGAACCGAAAAUUUAUUUUCUCUUUACGGUUGUGAAGAACUGCAAGACUGGAUGGACUUAUUCUUUUCACCAAGUGAGAUAAUUAAGUUCUAGGUAAUAUAUUAAAACGUAAGCAUCUGACAUUUUAUUUUAGUGUGGUGCAUAUUUGUUUCUUGUCAUAUCCAUCAUAAUGAGAUAAUAAAAUUUUAUUUUUACAUUUCCCUCUUUUUAUUUUUUUCGCCCUGGUCCCUUGAAAUAUGUAUAAACGAGGUUAUAUUGUCAUUUUAUUUGGAUCAUUAUUUAGUUGUGCUCUAAAUAAAAUUCUUAACCUAACCAUACAAACCUCUUUUUUUUUUACAAUUAAUUAAUGUAAGGUAUCUAAAGUUGGUUAAGUUAUAACAUUAUUUACAAUUUAUGUCAUAAGACAUUUUUGAUUAUUGGCAGUGUUUGAACACGUGUUUCGUCUAACUAUAUGCAAGGUUAAAAGGCCAAAUUGUGCUAGAAAUUCAAGAUAGCGUAACUUGAUGGUAAUGAAUAUACUUUUUAACAUUAUAUAAGCUGUAUAUAAUGUUAAUUUCUGCACAGAAAAUGAAACACAAUGCAAUUACAUUUUUAAAAUCAUAAACAACCUUUUUUUUUCCUGAGUAUAUUACUCUGUUGAACAUUGUCAGAUAAAAAUUAAGGAAUCGGAUUCGAAGAAUCGACUCUUUAAUUUAAGAAUCGAAAAUGGAAUCGGAAUCGGUGUAUUUUUGGAAUCGGCCCAACACUAGUUAUAACCUUUAUCUGUUCGUCUACGUUGCCGCUGUGUACCGCUUAUAAAACUGUAGCCAGUGCUAGUUAGCAUCAUUCAUGUUUGGUUAUGUUGCUUCCCGUUUAGAGUGCACACAUGUAGUCUAAUAUCGAUAUCUCGCCGAUUGCAUGCAACGCACGCUCUCUGUCGAGUGCCGAGUUAACUACAUUUGAUGGCCCGCACUCUUUCGUGGUAAAUGUGUACUACAAUGAUAGCUUACGCGUUAGUUCACGUCAUAUAUUUCGGGCCAUAGAUUUGGUUUUUCUAUUUAAAGUUGAAGAAAAAUUUUUGUUGCAUGAAUUAUUAAUAUAAAUUGUUUGACAUGCUCUUGUAUACUCCACCAUUAUUUUUUUUUUAAAUAAAAGUACUUUUCAUGAACGGUUUUGUUUUUAUGAAUAACUUUACCUAACAAAAAAAAAAAUUCCGCAUAAUUGUCCCACCCCUACUUUUCAAACUUGAUUUUAGUAUAAAAUGUGCAACGAUUAUGCAAGAAAACACGGUAGUGCAAUAUGGAAUUUUUCCACAGACAUUGGUGAUUAUGUCGCACAAUGCGAUAGAUGCAACAGUAUUUCAAAUGCCCCAGUGGUAGGUUAUGUAACUAUGAUUUUACUGUACUGUUUUAAUAAAUUAUUCAUAGAGUACACAGCAAUAUUAUAAUUUAUUAUUUACUCUAUAGUAUCUGUUCUCCAAAUAUAAUGCAACCUUCAACAUAAAAAAAACAUAAAACGCAAUUAAUUAUGUCUAAUUUGUGACCACUCAUGUAUUGUAUAUUUGUUUAUACGUUUUCCUAUUCCUUGAGUCUAAUAACGUUUCAUUUCAGUUUUUUCUUUCUUCUUCUUCAAUAUGAUUUGCGUCAUGAUGUUCGUAACAACAGUUUUGUGGGGAUCUUAGAAGCUUUAAUGGUGUAAUUUGCCACAAAAGAAUGUUAAUAUGUGUUUCAUUGAUUGGUAAAGUACACAUAUUGAAUUUUGAAAAAUUUACUAUUAGUAUUCAUUCUACUAUAACACUAUACACGUUUUGCAGUUAUCGAUAGUUUUAAAUUUGUUUGGGAGUAUACUUGAUUUGGAUGAGAAAAUAACAAAUAUUAUUAGACUUAAUUCAUCUGUGGAGUUAUUAAUUACUGUUGCAGUUUUGGUAUUUUCCUAAUAGAGUAUGUGCUCAUUCAAAAAAUUAAAUUUUUUUUAAAAUUGUUUGUUUCAUGUUAUUAAAUAUAAUGAAAGUAAAGCUGCAUUUUUUUUUGUGAGGAGAAUCUUUACGUACUUUAUUAUUUGGGGGGCGGGGUGAAUAAAAUUAAAUUUACAAGAAAAGUUUUUAGAGAAAUUGUUUUGCUUGUGAAAAGUAACUAUUAGAAUUCAGUUCAACUUUGCACAAACAGUUAUUAUUUGUUUCGCACUUUGAUUCGCAAUGAAAAUUUACCAUUCACACAUAAGUUUCCCAAAUCAGUACAUAUUGUUAUUUUAUUUACUUAAUUACACAUUAAAAUGUUAAAAGUACUAUAUCUUGGGGAACAGUUUACAAGAUAUAUGAAAAGAGAAAAAAAAAAAACCUAGAUGUAGUAUACUUCAGAGUUGUCAUGCUUUAAUGUGUGAAUUUACUACAUUAUCUCCAAUAUUUUUCUUUAAGUACUUUUUAUACAAUCUAAUUUUUAAAUACUAGUUUUUUAAUGGUAUUCAAGAAUUUUUUAUGCCUUUCCCUAAAAAGUAAUAAAUAUGAAUCAUGAACAUUUAAACUUUCAAAAGAAAACCAUUAGUUUUACUAGAGGCUGUUUUGUGUUAACAUAUCUUAAAGUUUAAAAAAUAAAUAAUUUUAUUAAUUUUUUUUAAAAUAUUUUUGAUGCAUUGAAAGCUGUUCGCUAACAUUAUACUUUAUUUAUUUAAUAGCUUUUGUACCAAUUACAGAAUUUUUUUUUAUUAACUUCAUUUCUUUUGACAUUUAGCACUUGUAGAAGGUUUAAUAAAAGAAAAGAUUGUAAAUUACAAUACUUGAAUUAACAAAGCACAAAUCACAUUCACCUCAAAAUUUGUAUACAAAAUUUGCUGUGUAGUUGGAAUACGGGCUCAAUGCAAAACUCUAUUUUCAUAUCUGUGAAAAUUUUCUUCUUCCUCUGGUCAGCCUGUGAUGUGUUGGAAAUGGAUUAGCUACCUGUGGCGGCCAUGUUGUAAUACGCUUGCUCGUAAAAGUUUAUUUAUUUAAUGUACAGUGCCAAAGUCCAGUUUGUUCCUACAAUAGUAUUAGUUUGUUCUCCCAGAAUAUGACUGGGAUAUGUUGAAAACUAGCCAUGUCACCUUUAUCUUUAUUUUUUCUACACCUAGAUUCUUCUACUUGCAGCCACCCAAGUUUAAAUAAUUGUAUGGAUAACGAAAAAUUUUAAAUUUUGUUUGUUUGGUGAGGGAAAAAGUUGAGAUUCACAGUUACACAUACCUAUCCAGAUGAAUAUGUAUCAUGUUAGCUGUUUUCUCCAUUUCACACUGAACUGAGGAGAUGGCAAGAGGAUUAUUUUAGGUUAAACUUCACUUUUUUUUAUCAUCCUGUGUUAUUUCUAUUAAACAUUCAUAUAUACAUGGAAUUGUUUACCAGUGGGGCAAACACAACUUCCUAUUACACAAUAACCAUAUUUUGUAUCAAGCAAACUGCUUAGCAUUGUAAAUCCUAUGUCAUUUCUAGGGACUGAGAAAACAUUUUAUAUUGAUGAGAGGUUUAUAUUUCCACUUUCCAGGGUUCUUAUUAAUGAGGUUUUAUUGUGUCUAGUUUUAAGGGGGAAGGAUAAAGAGACAUUUUAUUGUAAAGCAGAGUAUAUUAAAUUAUGCCAAACAAUUUAAAUUAACUAGACAAUUAGACAUGCAACAAAAACAAAUUUUGUUUAACUUAAAAUAGAAAAAUGAAAAACGUGACCUGAACAUGAGCAAGAACUUAAGUAGUUUACCCAUAACUUUCAUCAUAGUACACACUAUCCAUGAAAUACUGCAAGCUAUCAAAUGUAGUUUACUCGGCACUAGACAGAGCACACAUUGAAUGCAAUUAGUGAGCUAUCAAUAUUGAUAUUCGACUACGUGCGGCAUACUAUACGGGCAUCAACUUACCAAACAUGAAUUAUCCCAACUAGCACUGACUACAUUAUUAUACGCACUGCACAGUGAUGAUGAACACUUAAAGGUUAUAACAUUUGAAAACAUCUUUAAAAGAAAAUUUACACAUCUGGCAAUUUCGUAUUUCUUAUUUAAAUAAAUAAGCUGUGAUAUCCUAAUGAAUAAUGGAUUUAAACUUUAAAAUACAUAGUUUUAUAUGGAAAAGAAUUUUAUUGGUAACAUCUUACAUUAAAAAAAAAAAUAUAAUGUACAUACAUCUUAUGUAGUAAAUGGCAGGACCGAAACAUUUGACCAUAUUGGAUGGGAAAUCACGUUGUGCAAGUACAUCUUAAACCAAUUUUAAUGUCAUUUAAUUACUGUAUUUUCCCGUUAUAACUACCACACUGCCUGACAGCAACUUUAAAACCAAUUGCUGCACAUUGCUUUGUCCUGUGAUGUUUGGCAAGGUCAUGUUUACUACUUACUCAGAGCGCUCCGAAUCUAACAGGGGGACCAAAAAAUCAUGCAAUUUUUGUGCUAGAAUAUUUUUUUUCUUAAUUUUGUUGCCCUAAAAUAACAGUGUGACGAUUAUGCAAUAAAACACGGUACUAUGAUUUAACGAAACCAUUUUGGAAAUUGAACAAUGGAAAUUGUUCAUUGUAUAAAAAAUGUUGAAACCAAGAUGGCUUCUUUUGAUUCCUCUCCCUCCCCCUUGAUAAAUAUAGAGUUUAGUAAAGAGAACUUGACUUUGGGGGCAAGGUGAACCCAAGCUACUGCUUGACUGGGUUCAAGUUUUAAGUCAUAGUCCAUCCCCAGACAAGACAAAAAUAUUAUUUAUUGAGAUCUUAUAAAUGCACAAAAUACAUUUACCAUACUUUAUGAGACAAAGUGCUGAACUAAACUAAGUAAUAUUUAUCGCCUAGGUUUCUACCCAUUAAAUUAUGUAUAGCCAUUUUAGUAUUUGACAGGCGAGUGGCAAGUCAGGUUUGAAAUAAAUUCACAAAGUUUUAAUUAAUCUUUUUUCUUGUUAAUAUUUUUGUAUAAAGAGAAGUUGUACGUGUGUAUGGUAAGUGUCCCAUUAUCUUCUAGUUUUGUGUACGUAACAUUACAUUCAAGUUAGUGGGAGGUUAUACAUUUAUUUGUUCCAAGCAUUUAAACUUUUUUUCAAUUAACCAACAAAGUACUAUUAAGUUUGUAAAUCAUGCCAUUAGGGUGGAAUUUUUUUUAUAAAUUAGUUCCUUAUAAAAUUAAAAUAAAUAGAAAGUAUUCAAAAGUUGGUUUUUGAAAGUUUUUGAAGCAGUUUGUUAAAAAAAAUGUAUUACAAUGAAAAUGCAUGCUUGAAACUCCGCCACAGUUCUAUGUAUUUCAAAGAUUAUCGCAGAAGAGCCAAAUAUUUGCACCCAUCACAAGUUUGUGAUUGAAGUGAUAAUAGUAAAUCAGAAGAUAAACAGUAAGAUACAAAUGAAGAUUAUAAUAUAAAAAAGUUACAAAAUGUUUUGUUAUAUUAUUUUUAUCAGCUUUAAAAAUUAACUAGUUUAUGUUAUAUUACUUGUAUGGUGUUUAAAAACAAUUAUUUGUAUAUUUUGAGAAAUUUUCAUAGUCCUGAAACUAGGCCUAUGUUAUGCAUUCACAACAACUGCAAAGACUGAACAAAUGAGAAAAUUUAAAUAAUAAAUUGAUGGGUGCCCAUAUUUUUUUGUAUGUGUAAUUAUUGUACUUAAAAUCAGAUGUAAAUUUUUUUUAUUUCUUGGCUUUCAUAUGUUAUGCAUAUAAAUUGGUUACUUGAACAAAUUAAUUAUUAUUGCUUAGUAAAAUAUUCCUUAGUAAUUUAAAAUUUAUUUUCGACAAUUUUACAAUUUUUAUCUAUUAACCAAGCUUUUCUACUCUGGAAAAAAAAUGCUUUGUGAAAUUGAUACUUACACAUGUAAAGUUCCUCGUAGAUAGACACCGCAACGGAAAAUAAAGAGUUGAUCUAUAGAAUUUCUGCAUGCCUUGCAGGUGUUACUGUGUGGUGGCUUCUUAAACAAUAACCAAAACCUUAAAUCUGUGAUACGACCAAAAUUUCAAAUAAAAUUGGUAGGGCUGUAGGCAGUCUCGAAAUGUAUUUUCUCGAAUAAGCUGCGUUUUCAAAUAUUUAGAAUGUGAACAAACACAUUUGUAGUCUAGAAUAAGCUAUUUACCAAUUUUUGCAAAUAGAACCAUGUUUAUUUUUUCAGACUGUAAAAUUUACCAUUUCUUCAGCGUGUUUAAUUAUUUUAAGUUUCCCAGCAACCAUAAAGGAUUGCAACCAUAAACCUUUGGUAAUUAUUGCAACAACUUUCACACCGAUUCACACACUCACAAACCAUGUGCAAUGUAUCCUUGGUCUGAUAAGUAACAGCAGGUUGACCUAGGAGCUUUAUGGAUCUUCGGCUGUGCAGCGCUAUCGUGCAGUGUUUUCAAGUUUUGAUUGAGACGCGCACCAUGAUUUUGUAGUACACAUGUUACGAAAAAUUGUGUGCGACUUAUUUGGGUAAAUACAGUGCUGGUGUUCCCGAUGUUGCUGACAAAAUUCAUUCUGCCGUUCUAAGUGCCUACAUGUACAUAUGGUUGUUAGUAAUUAAGUAUUGAUGGAAGUUAUUGAUAAAAAAAAAAGUCAAUUUACAUGUACCUGUCCACAAUAGGUAAACAUUUGUGCCAAAAUCAAUCUGAUGGUAAUCACUUUCUAUAUUUCAAAAAGGUGUUUUUCUAUUUGUUACCGAAUGUCCUUGUACUUACAUUCAAUUGCUCUGUAGUGAAAAUGCAACACUGUUAAAAAUAUGUUUGUGUAUGUUAGCAUUAUAAUUAUAAUGGUUCGUGUUUUAAUCUUAUUUGGUUAUACAGUAGUAUGUCUGAAGGAUUUUUUUUGAACUGUACACAAUGAGUUAUCAGUGACACUCAAUAUUAUAUUGAAAAGUACUUGUGAAUUUAAUUUUUUGUGUUAGACUUGUUUUAAUUUUUAUUUUUAAAGUUUACGUACUAUUAUUUUAGAGGGGUAUUCAACAGUGUCUUUAAUUAAAAAACUUCUUGGUCAUUUAGAGAUUAAGAUGUGAGGUAAAAAUGAAAAGUUGAGUUCAUCUGAAUUAAUAAAAGUGUUUUAUCUUUUAUGUUUUUAAUAACUGUUUUUAAUUUUAGUUCUAAAAGUAUAUUCUUCUAAUUAUAAAUAAAUAAGCUUUAAAAAAAAACAAUAAAUAAUUUUUGCUCAUUUAACUUUGCGUCGGUAUCCCACUUUUUUGAUAUCUAUGUUUUGUGUUACUGGGAAAGAAAUUUUUGUCUAACUUUCAUAGACAGACAUUAUUAACCUUUUUUUUCUCUCCCAAAAAGUCCUUUGAUUGUUAUAUUAAAACAAGUAAAUUAGUUUUAAUUAAAGUUAUUAUAUAAUUUGCUACAUUUUCUUUCUUUUAUAUCUGUGAUUCAGAUUAUGUGUUGUAACAUCAGAAUAUUAUAUUGGAACACUGUUAUAAGUUAUAACAUUUUACUGUUUAAUAACUUACCUUAAUUUGAACCUGCUCAUAAAGUUAUUUUAUACACAUAAGCUUGAAAACAUUAAAGUAUUAGUAUGGUGUGGGUGUCUAUCCUGAAGCUAAAAGUGCCCCUGGCUGCUUACAAUUGAUUAGCAAAACAAAUAAUAGCUGUAUGAAUGCCAUUGCUUAAAAUUUGUUUAAUAUCUUGAAGGAACUUGCUAAAAAAAUUAUCAAAAAAAGCCAUCAUUAAGAGAGAAUUGCUAAACAAAGUAAGGAAUUGGGUUUAAACUUUAAUACAACCAUAAAUGUUUUUCUAUCCAGGUGGGAAAGGAGGUGGAUGUCUUUCUCAUUUUGAUUUAAACCAUCAAUAUGGCAAAGAUUGUAUAUACCCAAGCGGUGACUUCUUGCCUCUAUGGUUGACACUCCUAAAUCACUUCACAAAUGUUAUAACAAAGUUCCGCCCAGUUUUAACACUUUUUAUAAAAUUUACUGAAUCAAAAGACGAAUGUUCGUGUGAGAGACUUUUGUUUUAUGUAUGUAACUUCAGUGAAGUCCCGCUAACCCAAACUAAUUGAGGCUGAUACUGUUCAGAUUACUGUACUGUUAGAUUAGCUGAAUCAUUGCAGUAAUGCAACAUGUGUACUAAUACGUCUCUAUAAACAUUAGGUUAUCACAUAACUCUUUUACAAGCACAAAAUCACUAUAAAAAAAUUGAUGAUAUGUUCAAAAUGACAUAAAUAAUUUUAAAUUAAAAAAAGUUUUUUUUAUUUUUUUUUUUUUUAAUUUUUUUUUUUUUACCUUAAACAUGUUUGGAUGAGCGGGACUCUACUGUAGUACCCUACAGCAGUUUUCACUUCAUUUACAUAGAAUUUAGGUUAGUAAUGAGGUAUAUUUGUCAUUUAAACAGCAAAUUAAAUCAGAAUGAAGUAACAAGCUACAUAGGUAUGUCACUUUUCAAGAGUGGUAAUAUUGCAAAGUGAUGCCAGUUGCAGGUAACUGCAAUGCAGUGUAAGGAAGCUGAACUACUGGAGCUAAGCUAAAAAAAAAUCAUUUCAGUAACUUUAUUGCAAUACUGCUAGCUAGCAGUUAGUGUCAUUUUUGUAUAUACUUAUUUUCAUAAGUAGUGUAGUUUGGGAUUUUUAUCUAUUGAUUGUAAUGGUUUGACAGCAAAGAAAUAAAUGUGUCAAUGUGCUAUUGCUGACUAA